GGCGCCAUGGCGGACGCGGACCAGCCCCCAGCGCCCGGGACUGCCGGCGACGACCACGCGCCCCCGCAGCCCGCGGAGCCGCCGGGCGAGCCGCGGCGAGACCCGCACCCGCCCGAGCCGGACAAGCAGCCGCCGCCGCCGCCGCGCAGCAGCAGCAGCAGCAGCAGCAGCUCCAAUGGCGUGAAAAUGGAGAAUGAUGAAUCAGUGAAAGAAGAGAAAUCUGAGUUGAAGGAGAAAACGACAGGAAAUAAGAAGGCCAAUAGAUUUCAUCCUUAUUCGAAAGAAAAGAAUGCAGCCGCUGGAGAAAAGAAGGGCCCAAAUCGUAACCGGGUUUUCAUUAGCAAUAUCCCAUACGACAUGAAAUGGCAAGCUAUUAAAGAUCUAAUGAGAGAAAAAGUUGGUGAGGUUACAUACGUGGAGCUCUUUAAGGAUGCGGAAGGAAAAUCAAGGGGCUGUGGUGUGGUUGAAUUCAAAGAUGAAGAAUUUGUCAAGAAAGCACUAGAAACUAUGAACAAAUAUGAUCUUAGUGGAAGACCAUUGAAUAUUAAAGAGGAUCCUGAUGGAGAAAAUGCUCGUAGGGCGUUGCAACGAACAGGAGGAUCAUUUCCAGGAGGACAUGUACCCGAUAUGGGAUCGGGGUUGAUGAAUUUACCGCCUUCCAUUCUCAAUAAUCCAAACAUUCCUCCUGAGGUUAUCAGUAAUUUGCAGGCUGGUAGACUCGGUUCCACAAUUUUUGUUGCUAAUCUUGACUUCAAAGUUGGUUGGAAGAAGCUAAAGGAAGUGUUCAGCAUAGCUGGAACUGUAAAACGGGCAGAUAUUAAAGAAGACAAAGAUGGCAAAAGCAGAGGAAUGGGCACAGUCACUUUUGAACAAGCGAUUGAAGCAGUGCAAGCAAUUUCCAUGUUCAAUGGGCAGUUUUUGUUUGAUAGACCUAUGCAUGUGAAAAUGGAUGACAAGUCUGUACCUCAUGAAGAAUACCGUUCACAUGAUAGUAAAACACCGCAGUUACCACGUGGCCUUGGAGGCAUUGGAAUGGGACUUGGUCCUGGCGGACAGCCAAUUAGUGCCAGCCAGUUGAACAUAGGUGGUGUAAUGGGAAAUUUAGGUCCAAGUGGUAUGGGAAUGGAUGGUCCAGGUUUUGGAGGCAUGAAUAGAAUUGGAGGAGGAAUUGGGUUUGGUGGUCUGGAAGCAAUGAAUAGCAUGGGAGGAUUUGGAGGAGUUGGCCGAAUGGGAGAGCUAUACCGUGGUGCAAUGACUAGUAGCAUGGAGAGAGAUUUUGGACGUGGUGAUCUUGGAAUAAAUCGAGGCUUUGGAGAUUCCUUUGGUAGACUUGGCAGUGCAAUGAUUGGAGGGUUUGCAGGAAGAAUAGGAGCUUCUAACAUGGGUCCAGUAGGAUCUGGAAUAAGUGGUGGAAUGGGUGGUAUGAACAGUGUGACUGGAGGAAUGGGGAUGGGACUGGAUCGGAUGAGUUCCAGCUUCGAUAGAAUGGGACCUGGUAUAGGAGCUAUACUGGAAAGGAGCAUCGAUAUGGAUCGAGGAUUUUUAUCAGGUCCAAUGGGAGGCGGAAUGAGAGACAGAAUAGGCUCCAAAGGCAACCAGAUAUUUGUCCGAAAUCUGCCUUUUGACCUGACUUGGCAGAAGCUAAAAGAGAAAUUCAGUCAAUGUGGUCACGUAAUGUUUGCUGAAAUAAAAAUGGAGAAUGGGAAGUCAAAAGGCUGUGGAACGGUCAGAUUUGACUCCCCAGAAUCAGCUGAAAAAGCAUGCAGAAUAAUGAAUGGCAUAAAAAUCAGUGGCAGAGAAAUUGAUGUUCGCUUGGAUCGUAAUGCAUAAUUUAAACCAUGGUCGGAACAUUCUUACAUCUGUUUUGCUGAUUCUCCUAGUAAAAGUCAUUUUUUAGUGAUACUGUGUGCUUACAAAAGCUGUAAAAAUGAACUUUUAAGACUCCCACCAGCUUUUAACAGUAUAGUGUUAAAUAUACUGUGAUUUUUGUUAUCUCAAGUUUGGGUUUUUAAAGACAGCAAGUCUGGUCAUUCAGUUUAUAUGAAUGGUUAUACUGUUUUUAUGAAAUAAGCCAUUUUCUUGUUAUUUUCAACACUACAUUGUGGGAUUUGUUCAAGUUCCCCCAAAUUUUAUCCACUUAUUGUAGGGUGACGUAUGUUUUUUUCAGAACUUCUGAUAUAUAUAUAUAUGUGUGUAUAUAUAUAUACAUAUAUAUAUAUAUAUUUGUCCUUGUAAAGGAAGGGCUCAGACAAAUUAAGAUGCAAUUUUAGAUGACUUUAAGUUACUUUUCUUUUGUGAUAAACAAUAUAAGUUUUAGAUUGUAUAGUUCAUGACAUUUUUUUAUUUUAAUUCAAUGAAGAAAUGGAUUUUUCUUUCUCUGCCCAUCCCCAUCAUUCAUAUUUCCAUAUAACAUUAAUAUUAAUCUCCACAGCCCCAAAUUUUAUUAUUUCCAAUAAACCCAAGUUCAUAUAGAACUGAUAAUGUAGCAAGCCCCAAGUAUAUUAAUAGGCAGACUACUCCCAACUUUCUGUCAAGUUUCCAUCUAUUGAAGUGAACUGCUGAAAAAAGAAAAACAAUUGAAAUAUUGAGAGAGAUAGUUAUGUAAGUUAGUCCUCUGCUGUUCACUUCUACUGGAGCAGAUGAAUUUAUAAAUGCUGUUUUAAUAAACCAUGGAACACCUAGGCACAGCAUAUCAAACACAUUGGAUCCCACAAUGUUAGACAUAGCCAUAUCUCCUUUACCUGCAACGAAAAAGGCACGUUGUUAAAUGUGCGGAUCAGUACUGUACUUUAUUAUAAGAUGCAUUGGUGAAAACACUGGAUACUUUUUGUUUGUUGGUUAUGGAAAAUCGUUGUAUUAGAACAAAGUCUUUGUAUUUUUUAUUUUGGGAUGGGUUAGUUUUUUAAGUCUUAACAUUUAUUUAUCUAAUAAUUAUCUUUUAUUUAUUAAACCAUUUUUCACUAAGGUAUAUAGAUUACUUGUUGCUUUUUCCUUAUAAUUGAACAUGGUUAAUCACGAUUUAGUGCACAUGUCAGAAAAACAUUUGGGAGAUUAGAUUAAAUGAAAUCAAUCUGCUAUUACAUAGCCUUUUUUUUGAAUCUACCCUUUUUCUUCUUCAAAAGUAUCAGAGGUAAAAAUAUACUCAAAGGUCUCUCUGCUCCAUGUAUUUCAGCCAGAUUUGAAGAAUGGACAUUGCAGCUUGAGAUACCUAGUUCUUACCUUUUCUUGCAACCAGCACACUUGCAAUGGUGUCUGGUAUGCUUGUUCCUGCUGCUAAUAAAGUAAGGCCCAUUACUGUAUCUGGAAUUCCUAAUGUUUCCCCUAUAAUAAAUAAAUAUUUACAGUUACAAAUUUUUCAGAUUAAUAAACUGUUCUGCAUAUAUUUCCUUUUUGAACCAACAAUCAACGAAAAAGAGGCAUAUUUAGAUUUCAGGACCAGUAUAUACUUUUCU